GGUAGCAUGGACUCCACUGUCCGGUGCGUUUUCGCCUCCGCUGUGCUGGGUUGUCCAUCUUGGCUGAGAUCUCGGUCAUGUAGGCUGUGGGACUUGGCUGCCGGCAAAGCCCGUGUAACGUUGACGCACCACAAGAAAUCGGUCCGAGCGCUGGCCAUCCACCCGACCGAGUACUCGUUUGCAUCGGGAUCAGCCGGCGGGAAUAAUAUCAAGAAAUGGAAGUGCCCUGACGGCAAUUUCGUGUUCAACUUCAGCGGACACAAUGCCAUCAUCAAUACGCUCUCCGUGAAUGCGGAGGGUGUCUUCUUCUCUGGCGCGGAUAAUGGUAGCCUGUCGUUCUGGGACUACAAUACGGGAACGCCCUUCCAGACGAUGGAGGAUCUUCCCCAGCCUGGCUCGCUGGAAGCUGAGGCGGGCGUUUUCUGCUCGACGUUCGACAUGACCGGGACGCGCCUGAUUACGGGUGGGGCCGACAAGACAAUUAAGAUCUAUGCUGAGCAGACCGGGACGUCUUGAUGUUGUAAUUCGCUGUUUGUAUCCAUCGUUGGCAAGAGAAAAGAUUAUAUUUGA